AUGGAAACUAAAGAGCGUAAUCAACAUCCUUUUACUUUUAGUUUCUUUAGUCAUUCAAAUAGUGAAAAAACUAGUAAUGGUACUAAACCAAAAAAAGCGGAAACUAAAAGCGAUUCUAAAUCAAAUACUAAACUUAAGAGUACUGACAACGUAGCAGCGACGUCUGCAAUCUGUAGCAACAACCUAAAGGUAUCUGCAACCACUAACAACAAAUCAACUAUACCUGCAACAAGCAGUAAAAAUGGAAGUGAUCAAACUGUAAACCUUCCAAACACUUUUCACGUUAAGUACUUGGGCAAGCGUCACGCUCGUGGACUGUGGGGAAUUAAAUACACUCGACAACCAGUAGAUGAAAUGGCAGCCGCUUACCGUGCCAGUUUACCUAAUAUGUCCCGGCCUAUUCUGAAACUUGAGGUAUCUUUGGAGGGCAUUAUGGUGAGCGCGAUGCCUCAAAACAGAAACCCUAAUAUUGAGGCAAAGAAGUUUCCCAUUAGCUCAAUAUCGUACUGUGUUCAGGAUAUAGUGUACGACCGAAUAUUUGCAAUAAUUGCUGUUCAAGAUUCCACAACUGGCUUACAACAGCAUCCUUUUGAGUGCCACGCCUUCUUGUGUGACAAACAAGAAAGCGCUCGAGAUCUUUCCUUGUCCUUGGCUACAGUUUUUCAACUCAGCAACCGCAAUGACGUGAAGCAAGACUUACCCACAGAGACUGAUGACUCUGAAGUGUAA